GGGUCGCUGUGUGGUGGCCGUGUCGGCCGUGCCACACGAGCUGAGGACGAGCUACUAUGAGCUCGCGCGUUGAGCGCGCGCGUUUGUUCGAUAAAGGCGCACAGAACAUUUUCACGGAUUUAAACACGUGCUCUUUUUCUAUUCUUUCUUUUGAACCUGAAUUUGAUCGGGAAGGCGACGCUAAUUACCCGAUCAUACUAAUCGGGGCGAGGUGGAGGCGUGUUCCUUUAUCAGUACCCUUCACCGAUAGUCGGUGCGUGCGUUCUUCAACUGUUCCAACACAACUCGGCAGCUGCUCUGGACGAGGUAGUACGGAAAGUUAUGGCCGAGGACGACGCACCUGAAGGAUGGAUGAAUACCAAAAUGAAGCAUUCUCAGAGUGACAACCUCGCCCAGCAGCGAAUGGAACAUUAUAUUAGCGAACUGGAAGCAGUUGGUGGCAUCAUGACGAUUUCUCCCGUGACCAGGGCAAUCUAUGACGGAGAUGAGCACGAAAAGUUUCUGGAGAAGCUGGAUGCACGUAUCAGCGACCACGACCGCGAGAUUGAAAAGAUGUGCAAUUUCCAUUACCAGGGCUUCAUCGACUGCAUCCGAGAAUUGCUGCAAGUACGGAGUAAAGCACAGAAGUUGAAGAAUGAGGUGACACGAACAGACCAAGAACUUCAGGAGACAGCCAAGCGGGUGCUGCAGCGAGCAGACGAGCUGGUCAAGUAUGGCCACAUUCAAAGCAACAUCGCUUGGACCAUUGGGAGCUUGGGCGUAUGCCUACCUGUGCUGGAUGUGUAUGCCAAACUGAUGGAGCAGAUGGCAGGGCGUAGGUACUAUCCAGCGCUGAAGACCAUUGAACAGCUAGAGCACACAUACCUGCCGCGAGUGGCGCAGCAUCGAUUUGCCCAGUCUAUGGCCGUUUGCAUACCACGCCUGCGGGAUCGCAUCAAGGAGGCUUCCCUCUCAGAGCUGAAGGACUUCCUUGAGAAUAUCCGCAAGCACUCUGGCCAUAUUGGGGAGGUGGCCUUGAACCAAGGCUGCAAACAGCAGCUGGAAGAAGAUGAAGAUCUAAGUGCCCAGGACUUGGUGGAUUUCUCACCUGUCUACCGCUGCCAUCACAUCUACAGUGUGCUUGGUGCUCGGGACACAUUUGAGACAUAUUACCGGCAGCAGCGGAGGCACCAAGCCCGGCUUGCUUUGCAGCCACCCACCAACAUGCAUGAAACAAGUGAUGGCUACAGAAAGUACUUUUCUGAAAUUGUGGGAUUCUUUGUUGUGGAAGAUCACAUCCUGAACACUGCAAGUGGCUUGGUCAACCAGGCCUACCUAGACCAGGUAUGGGAGAAUGCCUUGACCAAGAUUACUGCUGCACUACGGACACACUCUGCAUACUGCACAGAAGCCGGCCUUAUGCUUGAGGUGAAGAAGCUCAUCCUACUGUUCGGCGAAACCUUGCGGAGCUAUGGCUACCAUGUGGACCCUGUGCAUAACCUUCUUCUCGAGAUUCAAGAGCACUACAAUGAGAUUCUGAUGAAGCACUGUGUCCAGACUUUCCGCAACAUCUUUGAUGACGACUCGUACCACCCCAUUGAAGUGUCUGCGGAGGAAGAGUACCAGGCUGUGCUGGCCACCUUCCCUUUCCGGGAUGAAGCGUUGGAACAGGCACCAUUCCCAAAGAAGUUCCCAUUCUCACGCUUUGUUCCCGGUAUCUUUGGCCAAGUCAAGGAGUUCAUCAGGGAGUGUCUAAAGUUUUCCGAAGACCUCAAUGUCAGUCAAACGGAGGUGGAGGACAUGGUUCGCAAGGCCACCAACUUACUGCUCACAAGGACCUUGGGUGGAUGCCUGUCGUCGCUCAUCAAGAAACCCAAUGUGGGCCUACUUCAGCUAAUCCAGAUUACCAUCAACACAAACUACUUGGAAGAUGCAAGUGUAUUCCUUGAGCAGUUCAUCUCUUCUAUCUUCAACCGCUGGUGUGGCGACAGCCAUCAUGUAGCGAAAUUACAAGGGAGGACCAUGUUCAAGGACGCUCGUAAAGAUGCUGAAGACCAGAUCUACGAGCAGCUCAAGGACAAGAUUGGCGAAUUUCUUGAACUAGCCCACUAUGACUGGCUACUGGUCGAGCCCGAAGGCCAAGCCAGCAACUACAUGAUGGACCUGAUUGCCUUCCUCAACAAUGUCUUCCAGGCAUUCACCAAUUUGCCGGACAAAGUGGCACAGACUGCCUGCAUGACAGCCUGUCAGCAUCUCGCAAAUUUGUUGCUCAACAUUCUCACCUCAGAAGAAGUGAAGUAUAUUUCCAUCGGAGCUCUGCAACAGUUCAACUUGGAUGUGAUCCAGUGUGAGCAGUUUGCCAGUUCAGAGCCAGUCAAGGGCUUCAAGGAAGGCGUACUACAGAUGUUCUUUGUGGAGUUGCGGCAGCUGCUGGACCUGUUCAUGACAGAAGACUGGUCCACUUACUUCCACGACUACGGCAAGGAGAGCAGCCGUUACCUGCGCGUCAACGCCAGCCUUGCCUUGUUGCUGCUGGAGAAAGUGCGCGAGGCCGACAAAAAGAAGAACAUCUUCUCGUCGCUCAAGCAGAAGGAGCGGGAUAAGAAGAAGCUGCAGGAAACGGUGCUCAGGCAGUUGCGUCAACUGACUGCCUAGUUAGUCGCGGGACAAUGUUGUACCAGUGGCAGGAAGGAACAAGUUUUCAACGUGUUUUAUUGAUCGCUUUGGCAAAACUACUACCAUCGCUGAACCAUCUUUGUAUACACUACCAAAAAACAGUAACUGUAAAGCGAAAAAUGUAUGCUACCGCUGGGCAGAAUUCCCUAACAUGGAAUAGGUGGGGGGCCGCUCGUGAGGUACCCCCCGAAAAAUUGCGCGUAACGAGCGAGAAAGACUGCUGCUGAAGGAUGCCAGCCGACAGGCUGUGCUCCCGCGAGCUUGGCGAGCACGCGGGCGGCAAGCAACUGGCACGCUUGCAUGGGCUUGCCGUGGAGGGCAGAAAGAGGUCUUUGGUGGCGACUAGAGGCGGCACGCCACAGUCUGGCCGUGGCACUAUCAGCUGUCCGGAAGCAGCGGCGACUGGUCGCCCGGCCGCUCGGGCGCUCCCGGCCGCUCGGGUGCUCCGCUCCGGAGCAUAUGGUCCAGCUCGAGGUCCGUGCGUGUCGACGGCCGGUCGAGGCGCGACGCCUUUAGGGCCGCCAGAUACACUGACCGGUGCACUCGCAUGUAGAUGGUGUCGGCUACGGCUUGCACACUGUAGUCUGGCACAAAGGGCUCAUCUGGCAGUGGCCAGCCUGUGACGUCUCCUGCUGCCAGGCCUUGUGGCGACUCGUCCGUGGCGAGCGGGCCCUGCGUGCGGCCCACACAAGGCUCCUCGGGGGCUGGCGGCGUGUCCAGUGCGCGGUAGAUGGCCGGCACCCCAAAGGACGAGAAAGGCCCCGAUUCGAAGAGCAGCUUCUCGAGCCCCACCGUGACGCUGACCCGGCCCUCAAGGAUGAGCACAAAGUAGUCUGCUGCCUGGCCGGCCACGUAGAUAACGGGGUCGUCAUGCGAGUGCACCUUGAUGCUGAUGAAGAUGUUCUGCAGCAUCAGCCUCCGCAAAACCGACUCGGAGAUGAGGCCCUUCUUGAAAGGCUCUACGGCUGCGCAUGAGGGGGGACAAAGCUUGUGCAAUCGGAAGGGACCGCACAGACUCCAUGCAACCGGCCCAUUUGGCUUGAGGCAUUACAUGCACACAUGGGGGGGUACUUUCUACAUGUAGCCCACCCUACUGCCAUUUUCUGUCCGGUGAUUAAUUGCUUCUUAUUCAAACGGAUGCCCACCAAUAGCAACUACGAUACAGAUCAGUACUCUGCCACCUGAAAGGUUUAAUGGAAUGCACGAAAGUUCAUUCAACCUGAAAAGCGUGACUAUAAACAGAAAUUAUAUUAAUGUAAUAAAUUAUAAUCAUAUACCUUACGUGCAA